GAAACCCGCGCUGCCCCCGCCGAAGUCGAUGAAGAAGGCGCACGGCACCGAGCCGGGCAUGAUCGUGGGGGCCCUGGUCCUCGCCGGCGCGGGGGUCUGGCUGCUGCUGUGCGUGUCGUGCAGGGGCCGGGCGCGCAUGCAGGCGGGCGCGGCGAACGACGACGAGACGGAGCCGAGCCUGAGCGCCAAGGAGGGCCCCGCGCGCACCUUCGGCCGCACGUCGCCGGUGUGA